UUUAACUGGUGCGUUGUGCGAUUGGUCUGUCUGGCACUGUCUGCUUUAAAGUCAACCACAUCGAGCGGACGAGCGAACAAUUCUAGUCACGCGUAUUGAAAGCUUGGGCAACGUCCCGCUCAGAUUACCAACCGCUGUCGUGGUCAAUCAACAAAUACAAAGUAAACGCAAACACAACACACGCGACACAAUGGACGAAUUGAAUGGCAUACUGCAAAAAACCAAAGACAAAUCAACGCAAAAGGAGCAGGACGAGAUUCUGCUGCAGCCCUUUACGUACAUACAACAAAUACCUGGCAAACAGUUUCGCUCCGAGUUGGCCUUGGCCUUCAAUCACUGGUUGCUUAUACCGGCCGAAAAGUUGACGCAGAUUGGCGAAAUUGUACAAAUGCUGCAUAAUUCCAGUUUGCUCAUUGAUGAUAUUGAAGACAAUUCGAUACUUCGCAGAGGUGUACCCGUGGCACAUUCCAUUUAUGGCGUGGCCAGCACCAUCAAUGCGGCCAACUACGCUCUGUUCCUGGCGCUGGAAAAGGUGCAGCAAUUGGGACAUCCAGAGGCGACCAAGGUUUAUACGGAACAGCUGCUGGAACUGCAUCGCGGCCAAGGCAUGGAGAUCUACUGGCGCGACAGUUUUACAUGUCCCUCCGAAUCUGAUUACAAACUGAUGACUGUGCGUAAGACUGGAGGCCUCUUUAUGUUGGCCAUACGCCUUAUGCAGCUGUUUAGUGACAACAAGGAGGAUUAUUCAAAGUUAACAGCCAUUUUGGGCCUAUAUUUUCAAAUACGUGAUGACUACUGCAACUUAAGUUUGAAGGAAUAUACGGAGAACAAGAGUUUUGCUGAGGAUCUAACUGAGGGCAAGUUUGGGUUUCCAGUCAUACACGCGGUGCGUACGCAGAAACAGGACAAACAGGUUUUGCACAUUUUGCGUCAGCGCACGCACGACAUUGAGGUCAAGAAAUACUGUAUUAGCUUGCUGGAAAAACUAGGCAGCUUUCAAUACACUCGCAAAGUGCUCGAAACACUUGACGUGGAGGCGCGCGCCGAGGUGGCGCGUCUGGGCGGUAAUCCCUAUAUGGAUAGGCUGCUCAAUAAGCUGUUGUCCUGGAAGAGCAGCGACAGUGCCAGCAUUACGCAGUCGAAUCAAAUCAAUCACAACAAUGUCACACGCAGCCCCAACCAGAACACUCUCAAUUGUAAUUAACAGCCAAAGAGGCAGAAGAGGGAGCAGUUGUGAAUUGCAAAUGGCAGUGCCAAAGCCCACGUCAGAGCCGCCUCCUCUUUUGCUGCUAAUCCAAAAGCAACGCAACAUCCACAACAGCAGCAGCAGCAGCAACAACAACAACAACAAGCAGCCUGCUUUAGUGCGCCGCUGUUGCGUUUUUUGCAGAAACUGAAAAUUUUCUAAGGAUUUUAUUAUGUACUUGGUUCAGUUUGCCUCCCAAAGCUGCUAAAGAGCAAAUGGUUUGAAUUUUUUUGAACACAAAACUUAGGAAAUGAUUGAUUUAUUGAUUGAUAGAACCAACACAGCAGCAAGCCUUACAAAAAAAUGUUAAGCCAAAAGUUAAUUGAUAAGCCAAGCUUAUGAAGAGCUAGCGAAAAGCCAUAGCACAGCUUCCCAUGAAUUUGUUUGUUUUUAUAUUAGGUCCUAUAUGUUAUUUUCGAUUAAAAAAGGUAAGUAUUUAGUUGGUAAUUAUAGAAGGUUCCUUCAUUUUGACUGUUGUAUUUCUAAACGUAUUUUGUAUGUAUGUACUUCAUUAUGCAAGCAAUUUUUUCUAAACUUUCUAAAUGUCUCAUUAUUCACUUUGUAUCGAAUGCUCGAAACUAAAUGUGCACUUCCUUUAUUGACGUUGUUCCAUUUUACAUUUGUUAAAAAAAUGUUCAAAUAUUAUACAAAUA